AUGACCACGUUGAAACAAAUAGCCCAUCUCGGGUUUGAUUUGGCACUUAUUUCGAUCAUACUGGCUGGAUUACGCAGAAACACUGGCUGGAUACUAUCCUAUGAGCAGUCGGACCUUAAGAAUUAUAUAAAACGAUAUUUAGACUGGGGAGAAUUCCUGUACGGGCGCCUGAUACAUGUUGCCGAGAGAAGCAAGUAUUUUAGGAAAGAGACACCACUGGACGGGUUCCUUGAUGGUGUUUUCAAGAGAGUCGAGGAACUUGGAAGGGAGCCUCGUAAGUCUGUCAACCGGGAAAGGGCUACGUCUAUCGAGCGGCGCUAG